ACCGCAAAAAUGACUGGAGGCAAGUCUGGAGGCAAGGCCAGUGGAAGCAAGAACGCGCAAUCCCGUUCGUCCAAGGCUGGUCUCGCGUUCCCCGUUGGACGUGUCCACCGUUUGCUCCGCAAGGGUAACUACGCUCAACGUGUUGGUGCUGGUGCUCCUGUUUACCUCGCCGCUGUACUGGAGUACCUUGCUGCCGAAAUCCUCGAGUUGGCUGGUAACGCCGCUCGUGACAACAAGAAGACUCGUAUCAUCCCCCGUCACCUCCAGCUCGCCAUCCGCAACGAUGAGGAGUUGAACAAGUUAUUGGGUCACGUUACCAUCGCCCAGGGUGGUGUUCUUCCCAACAUUCAUCAAAACCUCCUUCCUAAGAAGACCCCGAAGAGUGGCAAGGGUCCUAGCCAGGAGCUGUGAAUUGUUUUUAUUGAUGUGAUAACGGGGUUCUGGACUGGGCACGUUUAUGGCUCUGCGUUUCUGUUUUAAUUUUAUGGUUGUACAUUAUGUCUACG